ACCAAACCGGAAAUACCAACUGUUGCUGAGUCUAUUCGCCGAAGACGGGUAGAACGGCUUACCAGUACCUUUGUCAAGAUGGAGCAGUCAAACGAAAACGACUGUGCUACGGAAUUUAGAGCAGAAUAUCGCGUUGAGGACGUCACGAAAGAAUCGGAGAGCUUACCAAGAUUACCUAAAAUAAUCAUAAAGCUUCCUCGACGAUCCAUCGACAAGUGUUGUGAUUCGAAAAAAAGAAAGAAACGUAGAAAGAAGGAGAGCGAUGGUGAUUGGGAGAGAAGCGGAUGUAGCAAACGACGGAAGGGAAUCAGGCGAGAAAAAGGAUCUUCUGGGUACAAGUUACGUGUCGUGGAACGGUCCCACGAGAAGGAACACGAAAGUACCGCGUUCGAAAAAGAUCGAAUUGAUGUGAGGAUGCUUUCCAAAAAACGUCGUCUUAUGAUGCAAUGGCAAGAAGGGCAGGAGUUUCAAAAUCGUGAAAAUGGUGACUCAAUGCACGAUAUAAUUUUUCUGACCUAUAAAAACUAG